AUCCCCUAUAUUCUGCUCCUGUUGAAUCUUGAGUCUAUCCUCCGGUGGCAGAGUCCUUCUCCGAGUCAAAUAUUGUGCUUACUCUCUUUAUCUACGUCGUUGCCCCCCUAUGUUCAUUCUAUAGGUUUAGAGCGUGUUUUUGUCUAAUAUUUUAGCGGUAGAUAUCUUGCUUAUUAAUAUUUGUAUUUGGUUUGACUAAUAUCACCUACAGCGAUGCACUGGAUCUCUCUAUGUUGGGGGGCUAUUUUAUCGUUGAUUUUUUCUGCGAGGGCUGAUCCAACAUGGCCGUCUCAGAAUGAUGAACUCGAAGAGAUCAUGUACCAGGUCAAAGGUUAUAGGAGUAGGAAUUUCGGUGGGACUGUCAUUCCAUGUUCUAACGAAGCAUCGGGCCCUGGUCGACAGAAUGCCGCGGAGUGGCUGCGAGCAGCUUUCCAUGACAUGGCCACGACUACGAAUCUGAAUAACGUACGAGCCGGUGGGCUUGAUGGCUCUUUACAGUAUGAGCUAACUAGCUCGGACAAUCUUGGCCCAGGGUUUAACACAACCCUCAGGUUCAUGGCCGACUAUUAUACUAGUCGAUCAAGUGUAGCGGAUCUCAUCGCUCUAGGCGUAUACUAUUCCGUUAGGUCUUGUGGUGGACCUAUAGUGCCCGUCUCCGGUGGGAGAGUUGAUGCUCUGACAGCUGGUCCCAUAGGUGUACCGCUGCCACAGAACACUGCCUUCACUUUUGAGCAGCAAUUCAUACGCAUGGGGUUUGAUAGAGAGGAGAUGAUUCAAGUCACCGCCUGUGGCCAUUCGAUCGGCGGCGUACACGACAACGAAUUCCCGGAAAUCGUUCCUGUCGGGUCUGCAUCAAAUGGCGAGGUUGCCUUGGAUUCAACUGUCGCAGUCUUCGAUAACAAUGUCGUUACCGAGUACCUCGCUGGAAACACGACAAACCCUUUGGUGGUUGGUCCAUCGAUUAGGGCAACCAGGAACUCGGACUUCAAAGUAUUCAACUACGAUGGGAACGUGACUAUUAGUGCGAUGGCAGGUGCUGCGGAUUUCAAUAGCAUAUGCACAACCCUUCUCCGAAAAAUGAUUGAUACCGUGCCAACCGGCGUGGUUCUCUCAGAUCCUAUUCAACCGUACUCUGUGAAGCCAGUUAACAUGCAGUUGGCACUUAAUCCUGGGGCCACUACGAUGCAGUUGACUGGACUGAUACGUGUGCGAACUACAGAUAUGGGAACUGACUCUGUCUCUAGUCUCACACUCAAUUACAAGGACCGGAAUGGAGGUGAUGACUGUGAUAGGACGAGCUGUGAAUAUACAGCAACUCUUUUAGGUGCAACUGAGGGGUUUGACGACCAGUUUGUUUGGUUUCCCAUCGAUGCUGCUAUCUCAACCUCUACCGGCAUUUCAUCCUUCACCGUAACCCUUAACAUGGCAAGCGGAACAAGCCAGACUUUUGACAACAACGGCAACUCGUAUCCUAUGCAAGACGCGAUACUAAUUCAAAGCCCUCAAAGCUGUCUCCUUGCUGGAACUCUCACAGUAACCGCAGCCGUCCGCAAUGACCGCAAAACCCUUCCCGUUAACAUGUUUAUCUCGUAUAAGACCCCGACUGGAAAUCCAAAUCGUCCUGUACCAACAUUGAGAAAUGCGACAGUGACUAUGACUGAAGGGACUUGUGUGGGCUCGCAUACCUUUUAUACGGCGAACUACACUAACCUUGGUGAUCUUGCAUAUACAUCUAAAAUUGACCUUAUUAGUGGAAGUGAAUCAUCAGCUCUUAGGGACGACUUUAAUGCGGCAAGUGACUUGGGAGCAGCGUGCCAACCUUUCCAAAACCCGCCCUCGUCCCUAUGUAACACAGGAGGAGCGUCGACAUCUUCUGCGUCGUCGGCUACUUUGUCCAUUGACACUACCUCGUCAUCGACUGUGUCGGUUACUGUCUCGUCAACUAGCACAAGCACUUCUUCUACAGCACCAACAGAGACAUUACAUCACAGACAGGACUUGGGGGGAUACGAGCUUGUAGGAUGCCAAAAGGAAUCCACAACAGGGGGAGCACGAGCUCUGAAUGGUGCUUCGUUUGCUUACGAUAGUAUGACCCUAGAAAGUUGUAUGAGUAAUUGUACCGGCUAUAUCUACUGGGGCACAGAGUAUGGCCGGGAAUGCUACUGUGGUGACUCGCUUGACCCAACAAGCGAAAAUGCGCCCUCGACUGACUGCACAAUGGUGUGCGGCGGGGAUACCACGGAAUACUGCGGAGAUAGCAAUAGAAUCGAAUUGUACAGCACUACAGCCAGCCAACCAAUGCCAACUGCCACACUGGCCCCCAAACCGACAGUCUCGCCCUAUGUCCGGGUCGGCUGCUACAACGAAGUUUCGGGCGGCCGGGCUUUAACAGGGGCAUCCUACGCUAACGACUCUAUGACACUGGAGAUGUGUGCUUCCAACUGCGCCGGGUUUACGUACUGGGGGGCAGAGUACGGCCGCGAGUGCUACUGUGGCGAUACCUUGGAUAGCCUCAGCACUCCUGCCCCUGAGACCGACUGCCAGACCAUGGUCUGUGCCGGUAAUCGGUAUGAGUAUUGCGGGGCUGGAAACAGACUGGAGCUAUACCAGUUAGCGACGGCUUCUUCGGCGCUGCUUGCUACGGCGACAGCGACGGCGAGCCCGGAUGUGUAGUAAUGCUAAACGUUGGGGAGUGAGAUGACGCUUAUGGUAACCUUGGUAUUUAUGAAGGGAUAAUUGUGGUGUGCCUAUGAUCUAUAUCCGGAUAUAAAAGUACGAUUUACGAUGAUUAGACGAGGAACGGAUGUAUGGAUAUAUGGCAGAACAUUGAAUGUAUGUUGUAUACUACUAGUAGUACAGCGCCUAAGUGUAUUGAUAUACUGGAAGUUUAGUUGAAAUGCAAGAGGUUUUAAAGGAAGUUAGUUGUGAC